UAUAUAAGGCCCUGCACUGCUAUAGCACACAUCUCUGACUGACUGAAAUGCGCUGCAUUAUGUCUCUGCUCACCAUCACUCUCAUCAGCAGCAUUCUUCUAAGCCUGUUUCCUCACACUCCAGCAGCAUAUGGGCCGCUGAACUAUGCCUGUUGUGUGAAAUACACUCGAAAUCCUCUGCCCUUCGGUGUGAUCAAGGGCUUUAUUGAGCAGAGCUCCCUCGAGGUGUGUCGCAUAGAUGCCAUCAUCUUUUUCACCAAGAACAACAGGAAGGUAUGUGCGAGCGUUGAGGAUCAGUGGGUGAGAGCAGCGCUUGCACGUCUGAGGUCCAAAAUAACUAAACUGACAGUAAAGGGAACUCCGCGUAUCAACACUGCUGGACUGAAACGCACGAUUCACACAACCACCAAAAGCCCAUGAAGCUUUUGCAAAUAAUGUGGCUUUAAACAUAACAUAUGCCGGCAGAUUCCAUUAAUUACUGAUGCUUAUCAUCAUAGAUUAUGCUUUAAAUUCUAUUCUGACUAUAUCCUUAACAAUAAUAAAAAAACUGUUUUAUACUAACUAUAUUUUUCUACUUUUAUGUAUUACAAAAUUAUAAUUCAGUCUGAGAUGCUGUACAGAUUUGUCUUAAAAAAAUACAUUAAAACUCAUUA